AUGUACAAGAAGCUAGAGAAACAAUGUAUCUUCUUCGAAAUACCGAAAGACCCUGUCUCAGAAAGAAUCGAGGGUGUCGAAUCCGAGAUCCAAUACCUCCGACGGCAACUGGAUGAGAUGCGUGAGCUAAUUCAACAAAGCCGCGCACACACAACGCCAAAAUCACAAGGAACUCACUCCCCAGCCCAACCCCGUGAUCGGCAACAACAAGUACGCCGCGAGAGUUUCUGUGGCUCUUCAUGCUCCCAGUAUCCUCACUCACAGGAUCAUUCCCAAGAUGGGCUUCCUACUAUCCCAGUCCCAGGGCCCGGUGGGUAUAUGAAUGGUCAUCAGUAUCAACGAUCCAUUCCGUCUAUACCAACCCUCUCUCCGAAUGAGAUCGCAACUCAGUCUAUCUAUGAAGCCCCUAAUCAGACUGUUACUCGACCGCUAAAGAGGAAACGGUCCGGGUUUGAGAUUCGGGAUGAACCUAUUGCGGAUUUCAUUGAUAAGGGUCUCAUCACGCCAGAGUAUGCUGUUUCUUAUUUCAAUACGUUCUUUGGAGGAUGUGACAGAUACAUUCCAAUCUUCGAUCCGGAAUACGACACAUUCGACUCCAUCCGAUCACGAAGUAGCAUUCUUCUCAAUGCUAUAUGCACAAUUGGUUGCAUGGUUGAAACCAGAUCCGGCGGCCCAAUGUCUGAUACGUUACAUGCCGAACUAAAGAGAUGGAUCAACGUAAUCGUCCAAAACAAGCAACUCAACUGCCUUGAAUCCGUGCAAGCAAUGCUAGUCGUUGCCUGCUAUUCAUCUGAACGGUCUCUAAUAUUAUCCUUUGCUACUCGCAUGGCCCUGGACUUGGAGUUACAUGAAGCCUUCGAUGAAUUGACUCAGCGCCUUGCGAUCAAAAAUGAAGAUAUGGCUUAUGCCUUGCCGCAUCAGAUGUUCGAGGAGGAGAGGGCUUUGGUGUGGAAGGCUCGGACUUGGUUUGGACUUUUGGUUUUGGAGCAUAUUUUCCGUGUUGAUGGUGGGAAACCUCCAGGUAUUCGACUGAAAGGAAAUGCUCGGCGCUGUCGGGUUUUGCUUUCCCAUCCUUCUUCGACUAUUUUGGAUUUGCGGUUGUUUUCUCAGGUCGAGUUGAAUAUCCUCAGAGCCAACGUGGGUGAUACUUUGGGAGGAGGCACUACACUUGACCGACAAGGUAUAGCCGAUUAUGUUCAUGAUAUGAAGAUUGAACUGGAUUUAUGGUUUGAUGACUGGCUACGCAUCAUCGAAAGCUGCAUUAGUGCCGAAGAAGAGAAACCAUCUUUGCUCGUCGCUCUGCGAGUACAAAAAUGCUGGGCUGAAAUGAUGCUCAACUGCAAAGCACUACGAGCCAUGGGCGUCGAGAACGUCGCGGCCAUGUCCACCACCGAACGAACAAUUCUCCUGACAGCAAAAGCAAGUGCCCGUCGCCAUCUCCGACUCAUAAUAGUCGAACCAGACUUCUACCUCGCCAAGCUAAAGUACGCCAUGGACUUUGUCUGGGCAAAGUGCGCCUUCUCCUUCUUAUUACUAUUGAAACUAUCACGUCUACUUCCCGAACGAGACGAGGAACAUCAAGAGCUUCUAGACCACGGCAACCAACUCGUGUCUGAAUUGAGCAAAGCAGGUUCAAAUGGUAAUCAGUCUGGUGCUGGGAAUAUCUACUUGCAGAUUUUGAAGGUCAGUAUUGAGAAAUAUGGACUUGCGUUGCGGGAAACGCAGCAGCCGAGCUCGGAUGGGCAAACUGCUACAUCGCCGUUCUGGGAGCUGUUUGAUGCCCAGGCGGAUCUUCAGUGGUUCGUGCCUGAGCAGUUUGUAUCUGAGUGGGACUUCCCGGGGUUGAAUUUGUUUUAUUUUCCUACCGCCUGGCAGGAUUUCUUUGGGGAUUUUUCGUUGGCUAUGUAG